AUGAAGGACUGGGGAAUCAUUCAUAUCGAGUCGUCCCCAGGACAUCAUUCUGCUAACGGUCGAGCAGAAGCCGCUGUAAAGAUCGCAAAGCAACUUUUGAUAAAGGCGCGGAAAACAAGAACUGAUCCAAACAUUGCCUUGCUAGAACUUAGGAACACUCCUAGAGAGGACACAGGACAAAGUCCUACUGAAAUGCUCCUCGGACACAAAACUAGGUCAGUCAUCCCAUAUAUGGAAAAGGGCGACAUUGAAGUGUCAAAGGGUAGAAAAAUGCGCAAAAGUGCUAUGAAACGAAGUCAUGAUAAGAAGGCGUGCGCACUACCAAAGCUGUCAGUGGGACAGAGUGUUUAUUUUGAGAAGAAGGAAAAGGAAAGGUGGAUUCUUGGAAAAGUAGUUCAAAUACUUGGCAAUCGCACGUACUUGAUAGAAAGUCGUGCUGGGGGAGUAUACCGUCGCAACCGGUCUCAAAUGCGACACACUUCUGUACCUUUUGUGCGGGAGCCACCAUUCCUGUUUCCUCCUCCGCCUGUAUCGGGAUCUGUGAAUCCUACUGGCAACGCUGAUUAUUCGGUUGAAAGUGCGCCAACAAUUCAACCUUCUCAUGGUUCUAAUGAGACAGGCGCAACUGAUUCAAAUCCUGAUGAGAGUACAUCUGGUGCGGUUCAGCCCACUGAUGCGCCAACAAGACGCAGUUCAAGAGUGAGCAAGCCGCCAAAAUACCUAGCAGAUUAUGUUCCAAAGUGA